GGGAAAGGGGGGGCGGUGCUCAGGCGGGCGGCCAGUGUGGCUGAGAUGGCGUCGAGCAGCUCUGCAUGGAACCGAUUGGCUCGGGAGUAUGACAGCUGAACACACACACACACACACACACAGGGGAGAGGCAAUGUGUGUACCUCUGUCUACUGACUGACCACGAUCUCUCUGAGGUCGCUGGUGCCAAUGCUGUCGACGCCCUGCCGCACCAGCCACCCCCCAGCCGCGUCGAAGAACUCAGGAUGCGACACGUCCAGCCGGCCAAAACCCGACAGUAUCGACACCAUCGCACACACAUCCGUUGCAUCUGCCGGCUCAUCUGGGUCGCUCUCAUUGGACGGUGCUGCUGCUGCUGCUGCUCUUGUCUGCGGCUGGCGCGAUGCCCGCGCUGCCAGUCGUCGGUGCCGCGGGGAGAUGCCAGGGCGUUGUGGUGUGAUGGCUGUGUAGAUGUGGUGUGCGAUGGAGGUGAGGGUGCGGGUGUCGCUGAUGCGCAGACGGGCGUACCUGCAGAUGCAGAUGAGAUGGGAAGGAGACCGACCGACCAGCGUGCAGUGCAGCGAGUGCAUGGUGUGUGCUGCUUGUGUGCUGCUGUUUUCAUGUUGCGUCGGGUUUUGUUUGGUGACACAGCUUGCUUACGCAGUGAGGAUGGCCGCCAGCUGGGGCAGAGAGAAGUCGCUGACAAGGGGGACAGGGGACAGGGGAGGGGAGUAUAGCAUCCGUGGGUGUGCUAUAGCGGCUUACGCAAUGUUUGCCUUGAGUGCUGCCGCGAGCACAUGGAAGGCCGGCUGGUCGCGAAACCGAAGACGUGCAAAGGAUGACGCCAACGCCACCACAUCCCUGCACAGACAGCACAACACAACCACCGAUGGAUGGAUGGGAUGACACACAUCGACCAUCGACACAGUAAGUAACAUCAAUGCAGAGUUCUGUCUGACGUGUGUGCGUGUCUGCAUUCAUCGCUCACACACAUUACAUUGGCUGUAGUUCCUCGAGAGCAGCAUGCAGCCAUGCAGCCACGAAAUGGAGAUAAGUCGGAUCAUGAUACCCCAACCUGAUCGCACCGCACACGUGGCCAGCCAGCCGCAAAAGACACACACGAUUUCGCCCUUGUCUGUCUGCCGUCAUCAAUCACCUUGCGAAUGCGUCCGUCGCGUUGGCCACAUCACGAGCAGUGAGGGGCGCGGCAACGUCAGCCGGAUCGUUGCUGUCACCCGGUGCUGAGCCUGAUGGAGCGUAUGCGGCCGUGCGGGCAGCAAGACGCUCCUGCAGGAGGCUCGACACAGCAGAGAGGAAACCUACAGACACAACACAACAGGCUCGAGGAUACCGGCCCCUCCUUGCAAUUGGGGUGUGUGUGUGUGUAUGUGUUGUGUGUUUGUCGCUCCGCUUACCUUCAUCCUUGACGGCGACUUUCGCCAGUCCAUUGAGUACAGUGGCAAUCGUGCCGCUGCCCACAUGCACCAGUCCCCUACUCACCAUCGCACCCAUCACCUCACGCACCAGCCCCUCGUCACGCAAAUCCACACGCGCCCAGGCAUUCACCAGCAUGCCCAGCUCGACACACGACGUGCCGCCACCCGCUCCGAUGCUCACAGACUCACUCUCGGCCGAAUCAUCUUCACCGCCAGACUCACUUCCCCUCUUCGCAAGCAGCCCUCGCGCCUUGUCAGACAGCAGGCGGAAGAGCGGCCCGUCGACGAUGUGAAAAUGGGCGUACGCGUUGGCAAUGGCGGCGACGCUGCGAAGCUCCAGCGCGGCCAUCAGGUUGGGCCGUGGUCGCUGCAGGGCGGCAGAGAAACGCUGGAAGGCCGGGAGGGCGUCCUCUCGGCCGACAGCUCCGCAUCUGGCCAUGGCGUUGGUCAGCAUCGCCACGGCAGGGCCAUCCACCCCGUCAGCAGCGAUACCAUCAGGAGCCGAGGAAUGCUGACUCAGUUGGCGGAAGAAGCGCCGGAGCCACUGUUCCUCAGACAAGGCCAAGGGCAGCCGCACCAGCGCAUUCGCAACGAUCGCCACAUCGCGCCCGCUCGGUGCUGCACCACCACUGCCUCUUUCCAUGUGCUUCGUGAGCAUGUCAGCCACCGCCCUGAGCCACCCCUUGAGCUCCUCUGACGUGCGGAAGCGGUCGUCAGGCGUCCGCACAAACGUGUUGGUCAGAAAGGCCGCUGUGCUCGGCUCCAUCUCGCCCAUCCUGGCAGCAGAGUGGGCGGCGAGGGCGCGCCAGAGGAAUGCAUCAGCUCCACUGUUGCUGCUGGUCUGUCGGAUCUCUGCGGCGAGGAGGGAUAGAUCUGACGGCUGGACUGAUGUGAGCCGCUCGAUGAGUCGUUCGCUGUAGAGUGAGGGCGGAAUGCCUUCCAGGGAGAGGCGAGAGAUCGUGGAUGCCGCCUGGCGGACAAUGCAAGAGGAACGACUCAUCGUUAGGC